CAAAAUUAUCUCACCAUAUACAGAUAACAUUAUUUGGGACACUUGUUACACUGAUGUAGAGAAGCACAAUGGAUCAGCCCACCUUUGUUGACGGUUUCCAUGACCACGAAGCCGUUGCUAAAAUGCAGUACAACCCUCUCGGUACAACUGGCAUGGCGGUGUCUGAACUUAGUCUCGGGACCUCGGCAUUCGGCAGUGUGUUCCGACCCACGGACGAUUCGGAAUGUUUGGCAGUACUUGACUUGGCCGUCAGGUCCGGGGUGAAUCUGAUCGACAGCGCGCCCUGGUAUGGGCAUGGAAAGGCGGAAACUAUUUUAGGCAGGGGCCUUCAGAAAAUAUCACGAUCGGCAUAUUACCUGGCCACGAAGGUAGGCCGCUAUCAACCGGAAGUGGAUAAAAUGUUUGACUUUCGGGCGGAACGGGUGAUAGCCAGUGUGGAUGAAAGUCUAAAUCGCCUGGGCUUGGACUACGUUGACGUCAUUCAGGUCCAUGACAUGGAGUUCGCACCGAGCCUGGAUGUGAUUCUGCACGAGACACUUCCGGCCCUGCAGAAGGUCAAGGACUCCGGAAAGGCGCGAUUCAUCGGCAUCACCGGAUAUCCUUUGGAAAAUUUCAAAACAGUGCUCACCAAGAGUUCAGUGCGUAUUGAUACUGUACUGACCUACUGUCGCGGAAGCAUGAACGACAACUCGCUGCAGGAAUACAUGCCCUUCUUUAAGGAGAGAGGCGUUGGUGUCAUUAAUGCCUCUGCGCUGGGAAUGGGGCUGCUGUCCAAUCGAGGUCCUGCGUCAUGGCACCCUGCCCAGGACGAUAUCAAAGACGCAUGCGCAGAGGCAGCCAAAUAUUGCAAGGAUCGCAAUGUUGACAUUUCGAGACUCGCUCUAAAGUUUACUCUCGGCCAACCUGGCGUCGCUUCCACCCUUAUCAGCACAGCCAGGUAUGGUCGCUUCCACCCUUAUCAGCACAGCAGGUAUAGUCGCUUCCACCCUUAUCAGCACAGCCAGGUAUGGUCGCUUCCACCCUUAUCAGCACAGCCAGGUAUAGUCGCUUCCACCCUUAUCAGCACAGCCAGGUAUAGUCGCUUCCACCCUUAUCAGCACAGCCAGGUAUGGUCGCUUCCACCCUUAUCAGCACAGCCAGGUAUAGUCGCUUCCACCCUUAUCAGCACAGCCAGUGUAGAUAACAUGAAGGCGAAUCUUGAAUUCAUGGUCUCUCCUCUGACGGACAAUGAAGAGACAAUCAUGCAAGAAGUUUUAGAAAAAUAUAUGUAUCCACUAAAGAACAAACACUGGGAGGGUAUUGAAGUACACAAGUACAGAACGAAGCUCGCUGGUGCUGCUGAUAUUUAGUCAAUUAUGUGAACAUUUAAGAAUAAUAUGUGCAUGCUUUUUGUUUUCAUUUGUUCCUCAAAAGCAUUAAAUCCUAUUCACCAAUAUACAUGUUAUGUUUAAGAACAUUUCAAAACAUAUAUACAAAAUGAAAAAUAAAAACAAUCACAUGUA